AUGGCCGACACAACACCUAAAAAGAAGCGCAUGUCGCUUUUGAACAGGAUCCGAUCCACUAGAAGGUCAAAAGGCCGGGGCGACACCGACUCCAUUGCUAGUGGUCCGAGUACCCCUGAAAGAGCAGCGCGUUCUAAAUUGUCCUUCGAGUCUCAUCCUGACUCUUCUAUCGUUGACCUGUCGCCGUCUCUGGCAAACAGCUAUGAUGUGAUCUCUGUCCCUAAGGUCUCGGCGAUUAAUAUCCACCCGGAGAAACUAUGGGAUCAUGCGUACGAUCGGCUUAGAUCUGAUCAAUUUGAGCUGGUUGAUCUCUACGAGAAGCUACUCUCGGUUCGGUUGGACAUCUCUCAUGAUGCGAGUGACUACAGCGGCAGAAACAUCAUUAGCCAGGACCGGGGGCAAAGACAGCCCCAGAUGGAGCGCCUCCUGCAGGAUUCUUUGAACAGAUUGGCGGAUCAUUCUACCACGCAGGGAAAUACGCUUAAUGCUAUUGAUAUUGUUCUUUCGCUCAAAUCUGCUAUUGAUUCCGAAUUGAAGCCUGUUCCCAUCCCUGCUGUGGCUACGACUGGAUUAUGCGUGGCCCUGCAGCUUGUCUUGGAUUCUACAGACGGGUCUGCUUUGAACCAAGAUGGUAUCACGAUCGUGAUCUCCAAAUUGAAGAGGUAUUCCGUCCUCUCAGCCUAUGUUCAACCACAGGAUACCAAAAGCGAUGAACAGGCGAAGCUCCGAAGUGAACUAGCAGAAAGCAUUCUAGACCUCUACCAAGCCGUUCUGGAAUACGCCAUCAAAACAGUCUGCUCUAAGGGGCACAGCCUAGUUCUGGUUGAAUCAAAGGGUCUUGUUAACUUGGACAACUGGAUCGCAAGCUUAGACCAGAUAGAGCAGUUCGAGGCCGCAGUACAGAAGGCUCUCGAAGAAAUUGGCGAGGGUAAAGAAAUCUCAAACUCGGGAACAUUCGGUGAUUUGAAGGUUUCUACAAAGGAGCGUGAAUUCUUAAACGCGUUUUACGUGAGAGACAUGGCGAAGGAGAUGGCCUCUAUUCAGCAGAGAGAUCCGUUGCUUCCUGAAUCAUCCAGAUGGGCUUUGAAUACAAAAGAAUAUGCUGCGUAUGUUAACUGGCACCCCAACAACAACAAGGGACUUCUCUGGGUCAGAGGAGAUGCCGGGAAAGGGAAGACCAUGGUGACCAUGGGCAUUGUGCAAGAUCUUACGAAACAGCUACAGACCCACUUCGACGAGCCUGGUCUUUCUUAUUUCUUUUCUCGCACCGCCGAUAGUGAGAAAAACUCAUCCACUUCGGUCCUCAGAAGCUUAAUAUGGAUGCUUCUGCGGCAGAAGGGUGACCUCCUAAGAAAACUGUCGGCAAAGUUUGAUGAGAUCGGCCAUGAAUCACUCAAUGAGCCAAGUGCAUUUGAUAAGCUGAAGGAGAUCUUCCUUGCGAUUCUCAAGGAGAAAGAAUUCGGGAGAAUCUAUUUGGUGAUCGAUGCGCUCAACGAAUGCAGCUUGGGAUUAUCACAACUCCUUCAGCUUGUUGCGGAAACAUCAAUCAAUCCAAAAGUGAAGUGGAUUCUCUCGAGUCGAAACGAGGAGUCUAUUGAAGAAGGGCUUAGUGACGUUCAGACUGGUCUGGAGUUACCACUUGAGUCACAUGCUCAACAUGUCUCCCAGGCCAUUGGCUCCUACAUCGACAAAAAGAUCUCGGAUCUAAAUGACCAGUACAAGAAAGAGUUCGAAAAGGCUGGGAAAUCUCCCCAAGAAGUGGAGCAGCUCCAAGAAGCCUUUUCGAUGGCCCGCAAUGAGAUUCAUCGCAGAGCGGAUGGGACUUUUCUCUUCGCAGCUCAAGCUUCCAAGGAAAUUCAAGGCUGCGAAGCAAACGAGAUCAUUGGAAGGUUGCAGGCUUUAUCGGUCCCCAAUCCACCCGAAGGCAAGACGAAUGAUUCCGAUAAGAGACCGCAGGCAGUCUUUCAGCGGAAAAACUCUGCAAUAGCCGCUUCGGUUUCGAAGAUCUUCUUAGUCUUGGGAAUCAUCCUGUUUCUCGUUGAAUAUCGCUCAGUUUUUACCUCUGUUUUCCAUUUCUGA